GCUACUGAUGAAAACUUUGUUAUCACCACAACAAACAGGAAGGAAAUUACAGAAGACAACUUCAGCGAACUUGUUCAAGAUGGAGUUACAUUGUAUCUGCUACAGUCAGUUGAUCAAAUGCUGCUUUCAGCAACCAAAGAGCGAAUUGAUUUCCUGCCCCACUACGAUACACUUGUCAAAAGUGGGAUGUACGAGUAUUACGCCAGUGAAGGGCAAAAUCCUUUGCCAUUUGCCCUUGCUGAGUUGAUUGACAAUUCUCUAUCAGCUACAUGCCAAAAUACUGGUAUUCGGAGCAUACAGAUAAAAUUGUUGUUUGAUGACUCCCACGGAAAACCAGCUGUUGCUGUGAUUGAUAACGGAAGAGGAAUGACUUCUAAACAGCUUAAUAACUGGGCUGUAUAUAGACUGUCAAAGUUUACAAGACAAGGUGACUUCGAGAGUGAUCAUUCAGGAUAUGUACGCCCUUUGCCAGUACCUCGUAGUUUAAAUAGUGAUAUCUCAUAUUUUGGAGUUGGAGGCAAACAAGCAGUGUUCUUCGUUGGACAGUCUGCCAGAAUGAUAAGCAAACCUGCAGAUUCUCAGGAUGUUCAUGAACUUGUCCUUUCUAAAGAGGAUUUUGAAAAGAAGGAGAAAAACAAAGAAGCAAUAUAUAGUGGAUACAUUCGAAACAGGAAGCCAUCUGACUCUACUCACAUCACAAGUGAUGAUGAAAGAUUUCUUCAUAACCUAAUAUUAGAAGAAAGGGAUAAAGAGAGUUUCACAGCAGUUGUCAUUACAGGUGUACAACCAGAGCACAUGCAGUACUUGAAAAACUACUUUCAUCUUUGGACAAGGCAGCUGGCACAUAUCUAUCACUAUUAUAUCCAUGGACCAAAAGGAAAUGAAACUAAUGCUGUAACAAAAGAUGUAAGCCCUUUCAACAACAUUGACAUUCAGAUUUCAAUGUUCGAAAAAGGAAAAGUACCAAAGAUUGUCAAUCUUAGGGAGAUCAAAGAUGACAUGCAGACAUUGUAUAUAAAUACUGCAGCAGAUAGUUUUGAGUUUAAGGCACAUGUUGAAGGAGAAGGUAUAGUAGAAGGCAUCAUCCGAUAUCAUCCCUUCCUGUAUGAUAAAGAAACAUACCCCGAUGAUCCAUGUUUUCCAUCAAAAUUAAAUGAUGACGACGAUGAUGAUGACGACUGCUUUAUAGUAGAAAAGGGUGCCAGAGGCAAAAGGCCUAUUUUUGAAUGUUUUUGGAAUGGAAGAUUAAUACCAUACACAACUGUGGAAGAUUUUGACUGGUGUGCUCCUCCAAAGAAGAGAGGAUUGGCACCAGUUGAAUGCUACAACAGAAUUUCUGGUGCGUUAUUUACCAACGAUAAGUUUCAGGUCAGCACAAACAAACUCACUUUCAUGGAUCUGGAGCUGAAGCUAAAAGAUAAGAAUACUUUGUUUACGAGAAUCUUCAAUGGACAGGAGCAGCGAAUGAAAAUUGACAGAGAAUUUGCUUUGUGGCUCAAAGACUGUCAUGAAAAAUACGACAAACAGAUAAAAUUCACAGUCUUUAAAGGAGUAACUACACGUACUGAUUUACCAUCCAAAAGAAUGCAGAGCCCUUGGACAAUGUAUGCUGCAAUAGAGUGGGAUGGGAAAACAUACAAAACUGGACAGCUGGUGAAAACUGUUAAGACUCUUCCAAUAUUCUAUGGAAGCAUUGAGAAGUUUUUUUUGUAUGGAGACCAUGAUGGGGAUAUAUAUGCCACUGGAGGAGAGGUUCAAAUUGCUUUGGAACCUCAGGCAUUGUAUGCUGAAAUGAAAACUGUUCCAAUCUCAAAACUUGACAGAACAGUGUCUGACAAAGCUGUUAAAAAAUAUAUAGAGGAUGAAAUGGCAAGACUUCCUGAUAAAUUAUCAGUAACAUGGCCUGAAGGAGAUGAGUUAUUACCAAAUGAAACAAGAUUUGCUGGUACACCAAUAGGAGCAUUAAGAAUAGUAAUUUUGAAUAAAAAAGGAGAAGCAAUGCAAAAACUUCCAGGUACAAGCCACGGAGGUUCGAAGAAACUUCUUGUUGAACUCAAGGUUAUUUUACAUUCACCUACUGGGAAUAAAGAAAUAAUUUCCCAUAUCAGUCAGCAUGGAGGAAAAUGGCCGUACUGGUUUAAAAAAAUGGAAAAUCUUCAGAAACUUGGGAACUACACCUUGAAACUGCAAGUAGUAUUGAAUGAAAGUAAUGCAGACACUUAUGCAGGAAGGCCUCUACCAUCUAAAAUAUUUAAAUUUACUAUUAUAG